CAUUAAUCAUCUAAAAUUCAUUCGGUGCAGUUGCAGUAAAGUUGCAGUGCAAACAAAAAAAGUUUAAUUUAAACAGGUGUUGUGCUUAUCAAAAACAAAAACGUAAGAUGCGCGGGACGGGCCUUGUGGCCACUUUGGCCGUGUUUGUUGUUUACGGCGUUUGCGUUUCCUCCACGCCCAUAACAGGGCAGAAGCAGCUGGGCUCUACCAAAUGCACUUGGGGCCCAUCCUACUGGUGUGACAAUUUAAGCAAUUCCAAGGAGUGCAGAGCCACACGCCAUUGCAUACAGACAAUUUGGGAGAAGCGUGCAGUGCCCGUUGACAAUGACUCGAUUUGUCAGAUAUGCAAGGAUAUGGUUACGCAGGCGCGCGAUCAGCUGCGCAGCAACGAGACCGAGGAGGAACUGAAGGAGGUGUUUGAAGGCUCCUGCAAGCUUAUACCCAUUAAGCUGGUGCAAAAGGAAUGCAUUACAAUGGCCGAUAACUUUAUACCCGAGCUGGUCGAGGCGCUGUCCUCGCAAAUGAACCCAGAUCAAGUAUGCUCCGUUGCCGGUCUGUGCAAUAGCGCCAAGAUCGAUGAGCUGCUGCGUCUGACCUACCAAGCAGCGCUCGACGGCACGCUGAAGGAAGAGCAGGUGGCUACGGAUGAGGCCAAGCCUAAGCAAGAAACAGCAGUUGGACCAUUGAAGCUGUCCUGCGGCAACUGCGAUUUGCUGACGAAAAAGAUGCAACAAAAGUUCCAGGCUACUGACCGCGAUAACAUGGUUGAGCAACUGUUGCAUGUGUGCGGCGGUCUGUCCAGCUUCUCGGAUGCCUGCGCCAGUAUGGUGCUGACCUAUUUCAAUGAGAUGUAUGAGCAUGUGAGCCAGCAUUUGAACACUAAUGGACUUUGCCAUUUGUCUGGUGUUUGUGCUGCGCGCUAUCAUCAGCAUGAGGAGGAUGUUAAGGAAGUGGAGACGCUGACCACUUUGGAUGGCGUCAGCGACGAUAUACCCUGUGCCUUGUGUGAGCAGCUGGUCAAGCAUUUGCGUGAUGUGCUCGUUGCCAACACCACCGAAACGGAGUUCAAGCAAGUACUCGAAGGUUUCUGCAAGCAGUCGCGUGGUUUCAAGGAUGAAUGCAUCAGCAUUGUGGAGCAAUACUAUCAUGUCAUCUACAGCACGUUGGUUAACAAUCUGGAUGCCAAUGGCACCUGUUUCCUCAUUGGUGUUUGCCCCAAGGGCUUGGAUCUGGCCUUCAAUAGGCCCAUCAUGCCGCUGCUGCCUGUGCUGGCUCCUGCCAAGAUUGAGGUGACCAUCAAGAAGCUGGGCGCUGAUGAGCCCAAGUACAGCAAACAGGAAAUCAACAACAUGCAGCUGCCUAUUGAUCAUCUGAUGGGCGCUCAGAAUCCCAGCCAGCUUGUGCAGGGCGGCGAGAUGUGCACCAUUUGCGAGUACCUGCUGCACUUCAUACAGGAGUCACUAGCGACACCAGCAACCGAUGAUGAGAUCAAGCAUGUGGUGGAAAAUGUUUGCGCUAAGCUGCCAAAGGGCGUUGCCGGUCAGUGCCGCAACUUUGUGGAAAUGUAUGGCGAUGCAGUGAUUGCGCUGCUUAUACAGGGUCUGAAUCCUCGCGAGGUUUGCCCCAUGAUGCAAAUGUGCCCACACAACAUUGAAAAGAAGGAGGAUAUUGAGAUAGUGCAUCCAGUGCCAAUUUAUGGUGAUGAACAGGACAAACCCACUUGCCCACUCUGCUUGUUUGCUGUUGAGCAGGCGCAGGCCAAGAUUCGCAACGACAAGUCCAAGGAGAAUAUCAAGCAUGUGCUAGAUGGUCUUUGCGGACAUCUGCCUGCCAAGCUGCGCACCGAGUGCGUGGACUUUGUGGACACCUACUCCAAUGAGCUGAUUGAUAUGCUCAUUACAGACUUCAAGCCGGAAGAGAUUUGUGUGCAGCUGAAACUCUGCCCCAAGGCCAAGGACUAUCUGGAUGAGCUGGGCAUUGCCUUGACAGGCACUGGCGAAGACAGUGACAGCGAGAGCGCCAAUGAAAUCGAUUCAGGCGAGGAUUCAGUUGAGAUUGAAUUUGCCAAGGACUAUGCAGUCACACCCAACUGUCUGCUCUGCGAGGAAGUGAUCAAGACUGUGGAGAAGAAGAUUGGCAAGCAUAGCACCAAGGCGGAGAUUAAGGAUGCUCUGGAACAUUCGUGCGAGAAACUGAAGAAGCCACUGGCUCACAAAUGUCAUGCGUUUAUUGACAAGCAUGGCGAUCAGAUUGCUGAUAUCUUACUCAGAGAAAUGGAGCCCAAGGUGAUUUGCACUGAGCUUGGCAUGUGCCUGGCCGGCGAGCAGGAUGAUUUGGAAAUUGAUGAAGCGAUGAAAUACGAUGUAGUUGUUAUGCCCAAGGACCCACCCACUUGUGUGCUGUGUGAAUUCGUCAUGACCAAGCUGGAGGCCGAGCUGCAAAACAAAACCGAACAGGAUGACAUCAAGAAGGCCAUACGCAAUGUAUGCAAUCAUCUGCCCGCCACUGUGCGCAAGCAAUGCGAUUCAUUUGUAGAUGGCUACGCCUCGGCUAUUAUCAGUCUGAUCAGCAAGGUGCCACCCAAGCAGGUGUGUCAGAAGCUGCAGCUCUGCUUCAGCCAGGCUGUCAACGAUGAAGUUGUGGAGUGCGGCGUCUGCCAUGGCGUCUCAAAGGCAUUGCUGCCAUAUUUCCGCGCAACAACUGAGCACAGCGAUGUGAGCGUGCAGGAUAUGAUCUCCACGGCGUGCGAGAACUUGCCAGCCAAGUACUACAGUAUUUGCUCGGAAAUGAUCUCUAUCUAUGGCAUUAGCAUUAAGAAUUUGGCAGCACAUGCCUAUAUGGAUCAAUCGCAUGUCUGUGCCGAGAUUGGCAAGUGUUUCGACACUGAGAAAUCCGCGCUAGCCUUUGCCAGAAUAACGGCUUAAGUAGCAACGCGACUUGUGAUGUGGGAUGAGCGUGCAGGAGCAUGACGGACGCGCUCUAUAAAUAAAAGCAUAUACUACAUUACUAUCUGAUAGCAUUCUUAAAUCCAUUGUGACUGUAAAUUAUCGAAAUCUAUGAACUUAACUGCUCUGCACUUUUUUGAUUUUUGUUUAUUUUCUAUAUGCGGUAAAUUCGUUUAAACCAAAUAUCGUGAUAAUUUUUAGAUAAAAACGAAACUCAAAUUGAUUGAUUUUUGUAAGUGCACGCGAACGGUCUUAAAAAAAAGAUAAACUAAACAUAAGCUGUAAUUAUACCGAACAUACAAUAUAUAAUUAUUAAAACAUA